AUGUAUCUCGCCUCCUCCCUUGGAAUGCCCUUGCGCUGGCGCAAGCGGCCUCAAUAUCCUCCUGGACCAUUUGUUGAGGAUGAAAUUGACUCCCUAUCCCGGGAAUUGAAUGGAUCAUCCCAUGCCGGAGAACUCCCAGGAUAUGAAGGUGCCAAAGCCAGGGGCACCGCGAAUCAAUCUCCAUUGAUUCUGGACGUUGAGAUACUAAGUGCUUCCAAUGCCUCUUCUAAUGCUGAGAAGAAACCUGCCCAGGAAUAUGGUACCUCCGGUUUUGAUGCAAACCAAACCUCUUCCAAAAUGGAUACAAAACAAGGGCCAAAGUCGAACCCAUCUCCCCAUCCGGCUGGAGGAACUCAGGUCCAGAGGCCAGGAAAAUCGCAUUCACGGAGCUCGUCCAAAUCCCAGGAUGUGCCUCCUGUGAUCCGGCCAUCUAAACCGGCUUAUGCACAGGUAUCCAGCCCCCAAAGACCCCUCCCGGGUACUAACAAAGAGCCCAUUCCUCAUCGGCCAGGGUCAACCACCCGGGCACCUGGGCCCCGUGAGGAUGCGCUCACGCCAAAGCUUCCACCAAAGCCGAUGGCAUAUGUGACUCAGAAGAGCCAGGCAGCUUCAUUCAACACUAGCACCCCUUCAUUACACCGGGAACAUGAACAGACCAAGGCUGCUUACCCACCCGGACACUCCCAACCGGAGCCAGAUCGAAGUUCUGGUGUGAGAAUAAACUCUCUGGCACGGUCCGCGCCAGAUGUGACUGAGAAAGGCCCCAGUGUUCCAUCCCGCACCCCUUCACUCCGAAGGGGCAAGGAGCUGCGCAAGUCCGGGUCCCCAGCUAGAUAUACUCAGUCUGAGCCAACUCGCCACUCCGAAGUGCGAACGAGCUCACCGUCGAAGCGAAUUCCGGAUGUAGCACGGCAGCCACCAUCUGUUUCUUCACGGGCGCCUCCUAUGCGUCAGGACGAAAGAGAAUACAUACCUACUCACACAGCCAUAUCUACUCGGGCGGAGCCUACGAGGGAUUCUAGGGUGCCAGCUAGCUUGUCUCCACAGAGGCCAGUGUCAGGUGUAGCACAACAGCCCCAGGUUUUCUCAUCGCAACCUUACCCAGCGCCUCAGGGAAGCCAGAACGGUCCAUUGCCUGUCACUCAUCAUCAUGCAGAACUAGCCCGGGAUACUACUGCGCGGGGGCCUCCACUUCCACCAAAACAGCUAUCUGAUGCGACACGCCAAAGUCAGCCUACGGCACCACGUCCCCUCCCCACUCCGCCAGAUGAUGUACAGCACAAACCCCGCCCAUCCUUGGCUUCCUAUCAGCCAGAGACAAUUGUUCAGGAGAGUGGCGUUCGGGUUGAAAAGCUUCCACCAAGACCAUUCCCUGAAGGACCAAAGUCAAUUCAACGUCCUCUUCCCACUCCUUCGGAGAGCAUACAGUACAAGUCUUUUCCAUCUUCAAUUCCACCGCCAAGCUCUUCGCCUGAUACGGCACCCUUACAACCCCUCCCGUUACGGACCAUCCCUUUGCAUCCAUUGCCGAACUCCCCAGCAGAAGGAUCACGUAUGCCAUCUAAAAGCACCACAAAGGGUCCAGGAAGCGUGCAACAGGCGCUACCUCCCAAACAAUCGACAGCAGACCCUCGGCCCGCUACAUCUGGGUAUGCUUCCAAACCGGUCACCGCUCAUCCUGAAAGCGUACCACGGCCCUUGAACCGUAGCUCAACCCUCCCCGUCGAAGUAAACUCACCUCCUUCCCCAGGGUUGAGUGUUGCUGAAAGGUUGGAAGAAAAGCUAAAGCUCCGUCGAGAACAACGUGGAUCGGGGGACUUCUCACAAACUGCUGCGGUCCAGUCAAAAUCAUCGGAUUCUCUGGCAUCACAAAUUCCAGACAGUCGAGCUCCUCCAGUUCAACCCCCAGGGGGCUGGCCUUCAGAACAACCUUCUGAUUCUCCUUCUACCGGUCUUUCCCAAUUUCCGACGCUUGACCACUCUACAGGCGAGUCCAAGCCGCAGCCUAAGACGGCACCUCUAAAGUCGGCGCUGAGGUCCCGAUCUCUGGAUCGAAGCCAGUCAGCAUCUACUAAAAUCGCUCGAAGGCGGACAGUGGCCUUCGCCGAAACCCCUGUGGAGUUCCCUUCCCAAGCUCUAGUCACAGUUGACCACGAAACUGCUUUGACGCGGCUGCAAACCGAUGAAGAUGGCUCAUCAAAUUCAAGCCGGUCAUCAUCACCAAACACGGGUCUUACACUCGCCCCCUGUCCAAGGUCGAUACCAGUCGCAGGAUACCAGGAUUGGCACACUAUCGAAGGGCUGGACCAUCUCGAUAUCUGCCCUUCCUGCGUGAAACAGAUGCGCAAGUCCAAGUUCCGCGAUCGCCUUAUCCUCAGCCCGGUCAACAAAUCCCGUACUGAACCAGUCCGCUGCGCCAUGAGUGAGCCAUGGACCCGUUUAGCGUGGAUGCAAACCCUGAAGAAGAAGCUCGAGCGUCUAGAUCUCCUUUCCGAAGUCACUCGGCCCUCCCUGGGUACCAAAUCCUGCACUGGGCGUAUUAUCAGUGAUCAAUCUUGGUACCGUAUCAUCGAUUCCGAUACAGGGUCGUACCUCCCACAAUUCAACGUCUGCUCAGCGUGCAUCCGCAACAUCAAACUUCUAUGGCCUGUGCACCGCGGGACAUUUGAACGUAGCAGCACGCCCCAGGAACGCGUCUGUGACUUUGUCUCCGAUAGCCCACGAUUCAUCAGAUACAUCGACGCGCUCGACCUUUCAGCAAACCGGGCAGAACAAGAAGACUCAAAGCCUGAACUUAAAGAAUUCUUGGCGUAUGCACGACGCAAGGUCGUCCUCCGAGACUGCCGUCGUAGCCGCCUGAUCUUCAACACGUGGCACUACAUGCCGCAGCUUCCAGAAUUCACGGUCUGCGAGGACUGCUACGAUGAUAUCGUGUGGCCGCUUGCAAAGGCGCGGCAUCCCAUGGCUCGGGACUUUUCAUCCGUGAUGCGUCUUCUCCCUGGGGAUACGGGGACGGGGACUCGGGAGGCUAGCUGCCAGUUAUAUUCGCCUCGGAUUCGAGCCAAGUUCAACGAUGCUGUGCGGCGGGAUGACUUGCCGUUUAUCAGGUGGAUGGCGAUGACGCGCUACGAGGCCGAGAAGCGGUUCAGGGACCGCCAGGAUGAAUUGUUGGAGGAUCAACGAAGAGGGUAUGAUUGUUCCGGGGAUUUACGCAAGAACCUGGAGGACUGGAAACGCUACGAGUGA